CCAUGGCUGAUUAAGUCUGAUUAACUUCCACAGGGAAGCCGCUGGUGGUGAUGGACUGGCCUCCCGCCUCCCUGUGCCUUUUGAGUAUUACGGACUAGAGGCUGGCGCUGGCUAAUUUGCAGGGCUUCUCUUCCAGGCGACUGUGGGGGAAGGAUGGCGUCUGUGUUCCAGAGUGUGGGGUGUGCUGUGGGCUGGCGGAGCCACCAGAUCCUGACUGAGGCCGAAGAGAGCCCGGUGCCCGACAGGUUCAGGAAGAGAUCGGCUCGCGGCGUGAACGCACUGCGGAUGUCUCUGAGGAAGCGGAUGCCUCUGAAGGAAGUGGAGAUGAAUUUCGAGGAGAACCCGACGUGGGAGAGCCUGGAAGCCCCCGAGAAGAGCCAGACCCUCCAGGCCUUCGCCGGAGCGGCCAAGAGCGCUUUUGGCACGGUGUCGCAGAGAAUUCGCCGCGGCCCAGCCCGAGCCGCCUCCGGCCAGCCCCCGUCGCCACGCACUCCUCGGCGGAAGGGCAGCAAGCCGGGCACUGCUGCCACGCCGCCCUCUGGCGCCAGGGGGGCGUCCCCAGCCGGGAGGCGGCCUGCCCUGCCGUCGGGCGCCCAGCAGCGGGAGAAGGGCCUCCUUCCUGCCCGGAGGUCCAUGAGAACCGCCGCCUUGCGAAGCCCCUACGCUUCACCUGUGUCUGCCAGCCAAAGAAGGCAAUUUGACUGCAACCUGGAGCUUGUCUCGACGGGCAUCCGGCGGCUGAAGCGCCUCUCCCACGCCUUCAACAGCAUCAUUGUCCAAGAGGAGAGAGAUCAGGCCGUCCUCAACUACUACCAGGUAAUGGCGCGCAGGAUGCGGGCCGCCCAGCUGCGCUCCCGGAGCCUCUCCCGGUCUUCGCUUCGGAGGCGUGCGUCGAGGCUGCGCCAGGCGCUCGGCAACUGGGCUGAGGAUCGCUCGAAGCAGUAUUAAUCGGGGAGCUUUGGAAGGAUGGACGUGUGUGUGUGUGUGUGGUGUUUACUGUGUGUUUUUGUGUGUGUGCGAGCAUCUAACUGAUUGCUCUGGAUAAGCUUGUUCUGUCCAACACUAACUUGUCCUGAUGAGAGAGCAUGCCCUUUUCCACGGAGACUUAUGUGCUGAAACCAAUUCUAUUUAUGACAUGGGAAGGCCCUGCUGUAGCCACGUUCCAAACCUGGUCAAUAAAAGCC